AUAUUAUCAAUUGUCAAUAACUAUCACCGUGUUAUCAAAUCAAUUGCCGUACAUUAUCUUUUGUCCAUAAAUACAUUGUGUUAUUUUCUGAUCGGUUCAUUGAAAGUGCAAUAACGUUCGAAUUUUAUUCUAUUUUUAUUUAAAAAAAAUUGUAUAAAUUUUGUGUGAACCAAAACCAAAACCAAUUGACAUAAUGACAGACGACGGAGUAAAUAUUGUGCCACUUUUGAUCGGAAUAAUUGCGUUGCUUUUAUUCGUUGUGCUGUAUGAUUGGUAUAAAAAAAUGACAAUAAACCAUCAUGAAGUCUAUUUUGUGAUGAUGGGUGAACCCCAAUGUUGUAAUCCAAAUGAUGCCAAUGCCUCACCGAACAACAAUUGUCGCAAAUAUUGCAUGGGAAAAUUAUUGAAGAAAAUUAUGGAUCGCAUUAAUUCGGCAAAGCAUUCAAUUUGCAUUGCAAUGUAUAACUUUUCGAAUCAUCGGAUUGCCGACUGUGUUUUGAGGGCUCACCGACGCGGUGUUAAAGUACGACUUAUCAUCGAUAAAUCAAUGAGUGAAAGCAAUGAAAGUAAAACGCAAGCCAAAAGACUGAAAGAUGCAGGAAUACACGUGAAAGUGUCAGGAGAAGGAGAUAAAUUGAUGCACCAUAAAUUUUGUCUCAUCGAUGGAACAACAGCCAAAGGCCUUCUCUUAACUGGUUCUCUUAAUUGGACGUAUGGUGGUCUGUCGAAAAAUUGUGAAAACGUUGCAUUCAUAAACAAUCGUCGUGUCAAACAUUUAUACAGGGAUGCUUUUGAUCAUAUUUGGAAUAAAUAUUCGGUGCCAUUCUUCAGAGAACGAGCUUGAUUCAAAUAAAUGAAAUAAAUAGCACAAAAUUAACGGAUUAUAUUUUAAUAAAAUGGAACUUAUCAUA